AUGGUGCUCGUGGAGCAGAGGGCCCCUGCUCACCUGCCCGACAGCAUCCACAAGAAAAAGCACACGCGCCCAACCUUCACCGGGCACCAGAUCUUCGCUCUGGAGAAGACUUUUGAGCAGACCAAAUACCUGGCGGGUCCGGAGAGAGCGCGGCUGGCCUAUUCCCUUGGCAUGACAGAGUCCCAGGUGAAGGUCUGGUUCCAGAACCGACGGACCAAAUGGAGGAAGAAGAGCGCCCUGGAGCCCUCCUCGUCCUCGCAGCGGGCGGGGGGCUCUGGCGGAGAGCGGGCAGCCUCUGAAACCGAGGACGACGAGUACAACAAGCCCCUGGACCCCGACUCGGAUGAUGAGAAGAUCCGGCUGCUGCUGAGGAAGCACCGUGCUGCCUUCUCGGUGCUGGGCUUGGGCACGCACAGUGGCUGAGGGCCGGCACAGCCCCCCUCUGGGCCACAGGGCGCCCGGCCCGGUUGCCUGCCUCCUGCCAGGGGGUGACCCCCACGCCUGGCUGUGGGGAGGGGGCAGCCACUGCCCCCCUCCUGGUGGCUGCUGCCCAGGGUUCAUGCUGGUGGGGCUGGGAGCCACACGUGUGGGCAGCAUCAGGCGCAGCCAUGCUGUCGGCAUUGAUGAAAUAAACGUCCCAGCCCCAGCCGAGUCCCAGCGCUUGCUUCAUGGGCGUGCGGUCAGGGUGCCCUCGCGAGGCUGUGCCCGAGGAGGGGCUGGG